UUUGCUAUUGCCGCCGCUCUGUUUUUGACCGCAGCUAUAGCAUAGUCGGCACUCGGAAAGUGUAAGUACGAACGACAAACAAAAGCGAGUACAUAUACAGCAUCUUACAUAGGAAGCUUUAAGAGUUUGAAGAGCAAAUUUGUUGGUUGGAGGUUUUGCUGGAGAUUUAAUUACUCGCAUCUUUUCAGUCAGUUUUCCAAGACCGUUGAGGUUACAUCGCGCGAUUCACAUAGGUCAUUCAGAUCAAAUCCAACUUUGAAGAAAUUCAAUCGCUCGUAAAAUUUCAAGAAGAUGAAACUGAUUUUUACUUUCACGAUCUUCAUUGCUCUGAUCAGUUACGGAGUGGCAUGGCGUAAUUUCGUAAGGGGUAGGUCUAAGAAUGGCAAUCUUGGUGAACCAAGGAUCACAUCAUCCACUGAUCUUCCUAAGGAGCAGUGGUUCACUCAGCACUUGGAUCACUUUAAUGCUGUUGAAGGAAGAGUUUGGAAACAGAGAUUCUUUAUGAAUGAUGCCUACUACAAACCGAAUGGACCUGUUUUUCUACAGAUUGGUGGAGAAGGUCCAGCCAGUGCUAAAUGGUUGGUUGAAGCACAAAUGAUUGAGUAUGCCAAGCAUUUUGGAGCCAUGUGUUUCUUAUUGGAGCACCGCUAUUAUGGAAUGAGUCACCCAACUUCGGACUUAAGUGUUAAGAAUCUUGUAUAUUUAAACUCUGAGCAAGCCUUAGCUGAUUUGGCUUACUUUAUUCAAGGAAUGAAUACAGAUCGUCAUAUGCCCAAUGGUACGAAAUGGAUUGUGUUUGGUGGUUCUUAUUCUGGUUCCUUAGCUGCUUGGAUGCGUUUCAAGUAUCCUCAUCUUGUACAUGGUGCUGUGUCUGCAAGUGGCCCUCUGCUAGCUAAAAUUGACUUUCAGGAAUAUUUUGUUGUUGUUGAACAAUCCUUGAAAACUCAUUCUCAAGCCUGUAUUGAUGCUGUAGCAGCAGCCAAUAAUCAAGUUCACAUAAUGUUACGUCAUCCUCUUGGUCAGAAAAAUUUGGAACAACUUUUCAACUUCUGUGAUCCAAUUGACUCAGGAAAAACAUCAUAUAAGGAUAUUGCCAAUUUAUAUGAAACUAUUGCUGAUAAUUUUGCUGAUGUUGUGCAAUACAACAAAGAUAAUCGUAACGAAAGUACCAUCACCAUAGAUAUGAUUUGUGAUGUAUUGGUUGAUGAAAAGAAAGGAGUUCCUGUAAAUAGACUUGCUGAAGUAAGCAAUAUGUUAUUGAAGAAAAAUAAAGAGAAGUGUCUAGACUACAAGUACAAUAAAAUGGUGGAAAAACUUAGGAAUAUAACUUGGACUGAACAGUCUAAUGCUGGGGGACGCCAGUGGUUCUAUCAAACGUGCACAGAAUUUGGUUUUUUCCAAACUUCAACAGCAAGGCCUAACUUAUUCAGUGAAACUUUCCCUGUUGACUUUUUCUUACACCAAUGUGUUGAUGUUUUUGGUCCACGAUUCGCGCAUACGGCGCAGAUUGGAGUAGAGCGCACCAACACUAUUUACGGAGCACUCGAGUUGGCCAACGUUGUAUCAAAUGUCGUGUUCGUUCAUGGAAGCAUUGAUCCAUGGCAUGCAUUAGGAAUCACCAAAUCUAGCAAUCCAAGCGCUCCUGCUAUUUAUAUUGAAGGUACUGCUCAUUGCGCGAAUAUGUAUCCACCAUCCAAAAAUGAUUUGCCACAAUUGGUAGAAGCAAGAAAACAAGUGGGACAGUUAAUUGGUCAGUGGCUUGAAGAAAAAGUUUAUUACUAAUUAAUUUAUUUUUAAUACUAUUAAACCAGCAUAUAACACUUUCUAUUAUUCAUGUGAGAUUGUUUCAAUAAUCAAUUGGAGAAUAAAAGUUUAAAAUAAAUUUUGUAAUGAUCUAACGUGUAUAUAUUUUUAUAAAAAUUUAAUAAA